GGGGGGGGGCUGGGCUUCGACAGGAACUGCUGCACUGCCUCAAACCUUCCCUGCUGUUUUUCCUAUCCCAGUAGGCUUUUCUAAUAUCUGCCUUUCGCCUGUGAUCGUCCCAGCCUGCAGGAGAGCAGAAAAUGGCUGCAGUGCAUCCAUCUCAGGAGCCCGUGAGCUUUGCGGAUGUGGCCGUGUAUUUCAGCAGGGAGGAGUGGGCGCUGCUGGACCCUGCGCAGCGAGUGCUGUACCGGGACGUGAUGCUGGAGACGUAUGAGUGCAUAGCCUCGCUGGCCCCCAAACCUGCAGUGAUCUCCAUGCUGGAAGGAGAGGAAGACCCCUGGAUCCCAGAGGUGCAUGGCUUGAAGGACAUGGCAGGAGACCUCGGCCCAGCAGACGACGGGAUCACAAACCUAAAGGAGGAUCUGCAGAGAAGUGGUGUGGCUGAAAGGCAGUGGGACAGUGCCUCGUUGGGAAAAAUCAGAAGGGAUGUUCAAGGGGGCCUGGAGCAAGGAGAGCACUUCAAGAAGCAACAGGGAAACCCUCCAGGAGAGAUCGUGAGGAAUCCCCUGGACCACAGCACAGGUCAAAAGCAGCAGAUGCAAGAUGCAAGGAGCAAGGAAGCGUGCCAGGAGGAAAGGCAGCACCCAAAUGCUAAAUGUGGGACCAGCUUUAAAAGGAAUUCUGGCCUUGUUAACCACCACUGUGUACGCUCAGUGAAGAGAUUGUGCAAGAGCUCUGGCUGUGUAAAGAGCUUCAAAACGAGAUCCAAAUUCACUAAUCAUCAGUUCCUCCACACAGGAGAGAAACCCUUUAAGCGUUCUGAGCGUCCAAAGAGCUUCAAAAGCAACUCUGAAUCGAAGUGCCAGCAGUGCAUCCACACAGAAUACAGACCUUACAAGUGCCCUGGAUGUGGGAACAGCUACAAACAAAGUUCCCACCAACACGUCCAUUCAGGUGACAGAGCCUACAAGUGUUCCAUGUGUGGCAAGGGUUUCAAAAGCAGUUCAGAACAGAAGAUUCACCGGCACAUCCACACAGGAGAGAGACCCUACAAGUGCUCGGAAUGUGGGAAGAGUUUUACAAACUGUUCCAACCUUAUCCGCCACAAGCGCAUCCACACAAGAGAGAGACCCUUUAAGUGUCCUGAGUGUCCUAAGGGCUUCAGAAACAGUUCCUACUUCACUGUCCACAAACACGUCCACACGGAGGAGAGACCAUAUAAGUGCAUUGACUGUGGGAAGGGAUUUGAAAGCAGCUCUAGCCUCACCCACCACCAGCGCAUCCACACAGGAGAGAGACCCUUUAAGUGCCCUGAGUGUGGGAAGGCCUUCAGAAGCAGUUUCAACCUCAUUGUCCACCGGCGCAUCCACAACGGAGAGAGACCCUUUAAGUGUCCUGAGUGUCCAAAGAGCUUCAGGAGCAGUUCGUACCUCAUUGGCCACCAGCGCAUCCACACAGGAGAGAGGCCAUACAAAUGCAUUGACUGUGGGCAGGGCUUCAGAAGCAGUUCCAACCUCACCCGCCACCAGCGCAUCCACACAGGAGAGAGACCAUACAAAUGCAUUGACUGUGGGAAGAGCUUUAAAAGCAGUUCCAACCUCAUCCGCCACCACCGUGUCCACACAGGAGAGAGACCCUUUAAGUGUCCUAAGUGUCCAAAGAGCUCCUAAAGCAAUUCCGAAUUGAAGUGCCACCAGUGCAUCCAUACAGGAUACAAAACUUACAAGUUCAUUUUUCACCAGUGCAUCCAAACAGGAGUAAUGGCCCGAGUUUGGGAAGGGCUUUCUAAGCAGUUCUGAUCCCAACUCCCACAGGCGCAUCCACAGAGGAGACAGAGUCUAGAAACGCCCCGAGUUUGGGAGUAUCUCCAACAGCAGUCCCUGCCUCAUUACAUGCCGACGCAUCCUCACAGGAGGCCAAGUUUGCAGUGCCACGAAUGUGGAGGAGCUUCAGACAGAGCUCCAGCCUGAUCAGCCACCUGUAGGUUUGUGUGGUUACGAACCUUACACGUCCCUUGAGCAGAGGAAGAGCUUCAUAGCUAACUCAUCCUAAAAACACCUUGAAGCACACGCUCCUUGCUCUGACGGGUGGAACUGGUUUGAUGAGGUGCAGCCAGCAGGGGGCGCUCACUGUAAAGAUGAUGCGCUCAUAGAAUCGUAGAAUGGCCCGGAUUGAAAAGGACCGUAACGAUCAUCUAAUUUCAGCCCCCCUGCUAUGUGCGGGGUUGCCAACCGCCAGACCAGGCUGCCCAGAGCCACGUCCAGCCUCGAACGCUUUCAGGGAUGAGGCAUCCACAACCUCCUUGAGCAGCCAGUUCCAGCGUGUCAUCACUCUGCAUGAAAAGCUUCCUCCUAAUAUCUAACCUAAACCUCCCCUGUCUCAGUUUAAAGCUGUUUCCCCUUGUCCUGUCACCAUCCACCCUUGUAAACAGUCGU